AGAUAAUCAAUCUUAGUUGAAGAUAAGAUUGCAACUGGAAUCGGAUUCGUGAGAUAAGCUGAACUAGAAAGAGGCAAAUCAGCAUUAUCGCAGGCGGACAGAGAAAAGAAUUUAUACGCCGUUAUUAUUAAAAGCUUUAAAGUAAAAUUUAAAUAAAAAGGUAUUUGAAAAGGUAUUUUGACAGAAAAGGUGUCUGAAAAACAUUGAAUUGUGAGUUACCCUUAAAACCGGCUCAGUAGUUAAAUGUUUUUAUUUCUAACAAUUUUUAUACUUUCUUCAUAACAUUUAUUUAAGAUAGAGAAGAUUGAAAUAAUAGUUUUAUUGAGUAAAAUCGAUGAUAAAUGCCCGUGUUUUGUUAUUUUAAUUUUUCUUUUAGAGUCAACGUCAAAAGAUCUGGCGUUAAAAAAUAUGGCUAUUUGAAGGAAGAUGAUGGAGUGGUUGAGAAAAAAAAGGGGAAGCCCUUCAACCACAAAUCAUACUUCAAAGAUGUUGUCUUGGACAACUAUGAUGUGAUUAAACCCUUCGUGGGGAGAAUUGGAUCAGAAUAUUUGGAUCUCAAUUUGGCUCAGCCAGAAAAUCUGGAUGCAGCAUUCUCCGGUGAUCCUAAUGACACUGGCAAUUCCGAGGUCAAAAAUGAUCCAAAUAAUUGUAAGGACUAAACUGUCCAUACUGAGAACGUCAAUACUUUCUUGGACAUUUUCAAGAGAAAUGUGAAGAAGUUUGACGCCUAAUUUUUCUGUGACAUGAGCCCCUAAGUGGGUGGACUCUUUAUUUGAAAUGGACAACUUUCCCGACUGUGACAGAAAAACUUAAAGAUAUUGAAGGACCGUUGAUUAUAGUGUGAAAUGAGCCCCUAAAAGGGUGGACUCUUUGUGUGUGACAUGAGCCCCUGAAAGGGUGGACUCUUUUUGUGUGACAUGAGCCCCUAAAAGGGUGGACUCUUUUCGUGUGACAUGAGCCCCUAAAAGGGUGGACUCUUUUUGUGUGACAUGAGCCCCUAAAAGGUUGGACUCUUUUUGUGUGACAUGAGCCCCUAAAAAGGUGGACUCUUUUUUGAAACUGAAAA